GUGCAAAUAAAAUUUCUCCAUCGGAUUUCCACCACCGUCUUCUCUGGCUUUCUUACUGAUUCGAUCAAAAUUCGAAACCAGGACUCCGAUUCCGACUCCGACUCCGACUCCGACUCCGACUCCGACUCCGAUACGAUUUACGGAAACAAAUAUUCAAAGAGAAUCCGGUAGAAAGUUGAGUAAACAAGGGGAGAAAAUUAAAAUAGUGAACCCUGACCAUGCGUCUAGAGUUUCGAAUUCUUCAAUUACCAUCUGAGCAAUUGAAGGUUUAAUUACGUGAGAAUGGGAAGCGAAAAUGUUAAUCGGAGGAAGGAUAGUCCUUAUCCACCUCCAAACAUACCUCAAGAGAAAGCGGAAGUUUUGAAGCUUUGGGGAGUUUUCCUCUUCGGCUUGAUUGGUGCAACUGCCACCACCUUCGCUGUUGGUCAUCUACGGAGGACUGUUGAUUGGUUCUGGACCGAGUUAUCCAGGUCACAAGCAGCACGGAAAGGAGGAGCUGGCCAAUCUUUCCGUACAUCUUUUCAAGAAGAAGCCUGGAAAAGGUAUAAUCGUCGAAUGCAAGAGGAGUAUGAAGAAGAAAUGGAGAGAGUGGAGCGUAUAAGGCGUAUGCAGAGUGUGUUCAAUAGAGAGCGGGACAAACACAGAAGGGGCUAUGAGAACUGGAGGGAGAAUGGUACAGGCGCAUAUCAUCAACAGUCUCAACGGGAUGAUUGGUAUUGGAAAGCGGAAGCAUCCUUUAGGGAACAGAGUCAUCGGAGGACUAAUUACAGGCAAAUGCCUAGAGAAAGUCCAAGCUAUAUGUUAUCACAUCAUUACUCUGUUUUGGGGCUUGACAGGACCAGAAAGACACCUUACUCGGAAGCUGAGAUCAAGACAGCGUUCAGGGCUAAGGCAAAGGAGUUCCAUCCAGAUCAGAACCAGGAUAAUACAGAAGCUGCUGAGGCAAAAUUCAAAGAGGUAAUGACGUCGUAUGAGGCUAUCAAGCAAGAAAGAAGAACGGACAUGAAGUUGUGAAACAACUAACAAGUGUUUGUGGAUUAGAGAAGCCUAGAUGAAUCCUAGGGGUUUCCCCUGCAACUCUACCACAAAGUGACUUUUUUUGGUGAUCAUUCUUUUUGGGUGAGGGAUGUAUUUGUAUAGAUCAUGACUCUCUCUAAUGGAAGCUCUUGUUAUAUAUAUCAUACCAAACUACAGAAAGAAUGGUAAAGAACCCAUUCCUUAUUUCUUCCAUUUUUUAUUGGCGCAUCAGGUACAGAACAUAAGGCUUUUGUUACUGUGUUGAAAGUCCAGUUUUGUGGCUCCAAUAAUGUAAGGAUGCAGUAUGUACUAUAAGGUAUAACGUUUUUGAGACU